CUCACGUUUUUGUGCAAACUGUGCCCACCGGGACUAAACAAACAAGUACGUACGUCAGCCACAUCGAGUUCAAAUUUGAAACGACACAUCGAGUUACGCCAUCCGAGCUAUCUUGGCAAAUAUCUGCGACUGAAUGAUGAACGCAAGAAAUCAUUAACGAAGAGAGGACCGCCGCCAAGCACACCCACCCAAGUUAAGCUCACUGCAUUUAGUAAAGGACCUGCUGUUCACUGUUUACUUCCUUUUGAAGGUGUGAAAAUGUGUUGGUUGAGUAUUGCACAUUAAGCAGGGUGUUUGACUUGCUCCCAGUGCAAUCACUCUCGGGUUACCCAUACAGUGUUGAUGAUGAACUGGAGUGUCUAGGUACUUUUCGAGCCCGUCGAGCUCUUAGUCGUCCAAAUCCUGACUACAUUGUCCAUCCAAAUCCUGACUACAUUGUCCCUACAAAUAAAGCUUACACAACCUUCAAGAGCCUGGGAAUGAAGGUCGCAACAAAUCUCGCUGUACGACCCCCUCCGUGCUGGCUGUAUCCCAGCUUCCCCAGAUUCCCUGAAGCCUUGGAAAUGAUUGAUGCGGUUGACUUGGUGGCUCCUGCUCCUCCAGAAGCCGGAAGUGCUGGAGACAAGCACUCUGUUAAAGAAACUGUCAGAUCUUACUUUCCAGAAACAUGGAUCUGGCAGCUUGCUCAAGUGGGAGCUACUGGAUCCACACAAGUUUCCCUCACGGUUCCUGACACCAUCACCACAUGGGAGACGGAGGCGUUCUGUCUGUCCUCUAAAGGUCUCGGUCUGGCUCCUCCUGCUCUGCUGACGGUCUUCCAGCCCUUCUUCCUAGAGCUCUCCCUGCCGUACUCCAUGAUCCGUGGGGAGACUUUUGAGCUGAAGGCCACAGUCUUCAACUAUCUGUCCAAGUGCAUCAUGGUUAAAGUAACUCCAGCUUCAUCCACGGCCUUCACUCUUGUAGCAUCUAAUGAGCCGUAUUCAUCCUGUCUCUGUGCUAAUGGGAGAAAGACCUUUAAAUGGGUUCUCACAGCUUCUGUUCUUGGAGCUGUCAAUGUGACGGUCAAUGCUUCAGCUGAACCGUCCCGUUCUCGAUGUGGCACUGAAGCCGUGACCGUGCCGACAAGAGGACUUGUUGAUGUAGUCACUCGAAGUCUACUUGUUCUGGCUGAAGGAGUUGAGAGGACAAACACCCAGAGUUGGUUAUUGUGUCCAAAGGGAAGCGUUCUUUUGGAAGAUGUGACUCUGACAUUUCCAUCAAAUGUGAUUCAGGGAUCAGCCAGAUGCUCUGUUUCAGUCCUUGGGGACAUAAUGGGUCGUGCACUGAAGAAUCUGGACAAGUUAUUACAGAUGCCAUCUGGCUGUGGAGAACAGAAUAUGAUUGAUCUUGCUCCCAAUAUUUACAUCUUGCUGUACUUGGAAGCCACGGGGCAACUCACCGCAACCAUCCGUGAGACCGCCAUAGGCUACCUUCAGAGCGGAUACCAAGGACAAUUGAACUACAGGCAUGAAGAUGGUUCAUUCAGCACAUUUGGUUAUGAUGAAUCAAAUACAUGGUUGACUGCCUUUGUCCUGAGGACUUUUGCUCUAGCCAGGCAAUUUAUCUUCAUUGAUCCACAUGUCCUGCAGAGUGCAAAGGAUUGGUUGAUCAGCAAGCAGGGUUCAGACGGUUGUUUCAUUCAGCAGGGAACUCUCCACCACUAUGACAUGAAGGGUGGAGUUGGGGACAGCGUGACCAUGACUGCCUACGUUGUUGUAUCAUUGCUUGAACUAGGCAUCCCUGUCACGGAUCCUGUCAUCACCAACGCUCUGUCAUGCUUGAGGCCUGUCGUUGGGAACCUGGGAAACACUUACGCCACUGCUCUGCUGGCCUACACCUUCAGUCUUGCUAGAGAGACCAGCACUCGAUCACAGCUUCUAACUGCCUUAAACAACAAUGCCAUUUCUGAAGGCACUAAGCUCCAUUGGUCUCAGACUUCAUCUGGUGAUACUCUGGCGGUGGAGAUCAGCUCUUAUGUGCUGCUAGCGGUUCUCACUGAACAGCCUCUCUCAGCGGCUAAUCUGGGAUAUGCUAAACUCAUUGUCAACUGGCUUGUGACCCAGCAGAAUCCCUAUGGAGGCUUAUCCUCCACCCAGGACACUGUGGUGGCUCUUCAUGCCCUGUCUGUGUAUGCUGCUAAAGUGUUCAGCGUGGACGGCUCCAGCACUGUUACUGUACAGUCCUCCGUGGCAGGAGAGUCUUAUAGCUUCACAGUGAAUCGGGACAACAGGCUGCUGUAUCAGGAGAUGCCGCUGAAGAACGUUCCUGGCAAAUAUAUUGUUAAAGUCACCGGAUCCACUUGUGUAUCUGUGCAGGUUGCAUGUUUCUACAACAUCCCGACACCCGUUAAAGUCACCAAAUCGCUGAGUGUUGAAGCAAAGGUGAAGGCAGACUGUCGACCACUUGGAGCCAAUCUUGUGUUGAGCUUCACGGUGAAGUACAAUGGUGCAAAAGCAAGCACUAACAUGGUUAUUGUGGACAUUAAGCUCCUGUCUGGCUUUACGGCAGAUACGUCACUGCUGGGAUCUUCACCCCAAACAUUCGCCCCACUAGUUGAGCGGGUUGAUGCUGGAGAUGAUCAUGUCCUAGUGUAUCUGAAAGAGGUUCCCAAAGGUGUCCCCAUGACUUAUACUUUGAAGCUGAAUCAGGUUCUUGCAGUGAAAAAUCUCAAGCCGGCGGUCAUCAAUGUUUAUGACUACUAUCAGACAAGUGAUUCGUUUGAGACGACAUACAUGUCCCCCUGUCCAUGAUUUGAGUACUUGCUACAGGAUGCAUGACUCGAAUAAAAUUGAUUUUAUACAAUCA